UACUCAAGCCAUGUACUUUCUACUCCUAUCUCUAGUUGAUCUUUAGUCUUUUUGAAUAUAUCUGAGGAAGAAUAGAUGAAUAUAUCCAAAUAGAUCAGUACUCUACGGUCUAGGUUUUUGACAUUUCAAUUUGACGUUUUGAAUGUGUGGUGAAUUGUAUCGUACGGGGAUGAAUAAAAGGUAUUUAAAAUGUCAAGAUUACGGAAGAGUACAAAAUUUGAAAUAAGUCUCGGAAGUAUAUAGAGACUAAUGAACUAAAUCUGACAAUUUAAAAAACAAAAUUUAAUAAAUGAUAAAUUACGCAUUUUCAUGGCCGGAAUUAGUUGGUAUCAAGCCAAUGGUAUUACUAUUACGACAGAAAGAUGUAAAGUGGAAGCUCAAGUGCCUCUUUGUUCUUUAGCCGACGUGCAAUUAAGAUUUCUUUGUCCAAAUGACUUGGGUGAGGUUAGAGCUCUCUGUCAAGAAUUAUUUCCUAUUGAGUAUCCUCUUUCAUGGUAUGAAGAUAUAACAUCGAGUCAAAGCAGGUUCUAUGCCUUGGCGGCAGUAUAUAACCAAGUGAUAAUAGGACUUAUAGUAGCAGAAAUCAAACCUUUCUUAUGCCUCAAUUCAGAAGAUAUGGGUAUCUUAUCAAAGAGUUUUAUAAAAAGUGCUGAUGUGGGUUAUAUUUUGUCAUUGGGGGUCGUGAGGCAGUACAGAAGGAAUGGCAUUGCAACUUUAUUGUUAGAUUCAUUAAUUAAAUAUCUAACGAGCACAGAAAAGAAAAAGGUCAAAGCUGUUUUUCUACAUGUUCUGACUACCAAUUCUGCUGCUAUACUUUUUUAUGAACGUAGGAACGUUCGUUUAAAACUGUUCUUAUACCUAAUGGCAGAAGCUUCGUCAGUGGUAGUAAAUGGUGAUGAGCUGGAUAAACAAAAAGACGUAAAUCUUCCAGAGUGUGCUGUUUGUCUUCAAACAUGUGUGCAUCCGUCGGAGUUGCCAUGUGGGCAUGUGUUUUGUUUUUUAUGUAUAAAGGGUAUGGCAAAUCAGAGCAAACGAUGCGCUAUGUGUAGACAGGAGAUACCGCGAGAUUUUGUAGACCGCCCUAAAUUGCUUCAAUCUCCUGAUAAUGCUGAAAGCUAUGAUGAUGGCUAUCAAUGGUUUUAUGAAGGUCGAAAUGGUUGGUGGCAAUAUGAUGAAAGAACUAGUAAAGAACUAGAAACUUCCUAUAAAGAAGGCAAAAGUACUUGUGAACUUCUAAUAGCUGGAUUUUUAUAUGUGGUUGAUUUAGAAUGUAUGAUUCAGAUGAGAAAAACUGAUCCACUUAGGAGACGACGAAUAAAAAGAGAUUUAGCAACUGUGCCGAAAAAAGGUGUGGCAGGUUUAAGAAUUGACACUGAUUUGUCUGAGUAUAUAAUAAACCAUUCAGAAACACAAAGUUCUUCCAGUCAAGUUGACAGGCAGACUGACAAUUUAAUACCUAUUACUCCCACAAAUACCCCACAAACACCUGUAAGUGGAGAAGAAUCACCUCAAGUGGAUGAUGUAGAGACAACAAUGGAAAGGAUAAGAACUCUUAGAUUAGAGGUGAAUGAAAGCAGGCCUCAUUACAUGCUUGACAAUGGUUAUGAAGAAGAGAAUUCUUAAAUUUCAUAAAAAUAUAUAUUAAUGAUAUAAUACUCAUUACACUGAUCGUGAAUCAGUUGCAUAAGAAUUAAUAAAUUGGUGCUGGAUGUAAGAUAAAAAUUGUUCUUUCAAAAUUUCAAAAAUGAGUAGCAAAUAUGUUUAUUUCUAUUACAUCAUUUUUGAUUUUGUAUUAAAAUUUAACACUACAAAGUGUUAAUA